AUGGCCGGCCGCAACUCGUUUGGCAGCCUCGUCGGCCUCGCAUUCCUGAACCAGGCGGCAGCUGGCCUCUCCUGGCUCGUCUGCAUGAUGAACCAUUCGUGCGCGCCAAACGCGUCCGUCGCCUUCGGCGGCGCGCCAAACGCGCCCGCGACGGCGCGCAUCGUCGCCUUGCGCGAGGUUGCGGCUGGCGAGGAGAUUGUCCACUCAUACGUGGAUUGCCGGCUGUCGAAGCGGGUGCGCGCAGAGGGGCUCGCCAUCUAUGGCAUCCGGUGCCAGUGCGCGAGGUGUGGGCGCGCGUAG